GGCGGCCGCGCUGAAGAGGGCCGACAUGGCGGCGGCGGCGGCGGCUUCCCUUCGCCGGGCGGUGCUGGGACCGCGGGGCGCCGGGCUCCCGGGAGCGCGUGCCCGGGGGCUGCUGGGCGCCGCGCGGCCCGGGCAGCUGCCGCUGAGGACGCCUCAGGCAGUGGCCUUGUCCUCGAAGUCUGGCCUUUCCCGCGGCCGGAAGGUGAUGCUGUCAGCGCUAGGCGUGCUGGCGGCAGGGGGUGCAGGGCUGGCGGUGGCUCUGCAUUCCGCUGUGAGUGCCAGUGAUCUGGAGCUGCAUCCCCCCGGCUAUCCAUGGUCUCAUCGUGGCCUCCUCUCCUCCUUGGACCACACCAGCAUCCGGAGGGGUUUCCAGGUGUACAAGCAGGUGUGCGCUUCCUGCCACAGCAUGGAUUAUGUGGCCUACCGCCACCUGGUGGGCGUGUGCUACACUGAAGAGGAAGCCAAGGCUCUGGCUGAAGAGGUGGAGGUCCAGGAUGGCCCCAAUGAGGAUGGAGAGAUGUUCAUGAGGCCAGGAAAGCUGUCUGACUACUUCCCAAAACCAUACCCCAACCCUGAGGCUGCCAGAGCUGCUAACAAUGGAGCCCUGCCCCCCGACCUCAGCUACAUCGUGCGAGCUAGGCACGGUGGUGAAGAUUAUGUCUUCUCCUUGCUCACUGGGUACUGUGAGCCCCCGACUGGGGUCUCGCUCCGAGAAGGCCUCUACUUCAACCCGUACUUCCCCGGCCAGGCCAUCGGCAUGGCCCCUCCCAUCUACACUGAUGUCUUGGAGUUUGACGACGGCACACCAGCUACCAUGUCCCAGGUUGCCAAGGAUGUGUGCACCUUCUUGCGCUGGGCAUCUGAGCCAGAGCACGACCAUCGCAAACGCAUGGGGCUCAAGACAUUGAUGAUAACGACCUUGCUGCUGCCUCUGGUAUAUGCCAUGAAGCGACAUAAGUGGUCAGUCCUGAAAAGUCGAAAGCUGGCAUAUCGGCCGCCCAAGUGAUCCUGUCCAUUGUUGGCUUACCAUCUUGCUUGAACAGGCCUUCAAGUGCAAGAGCAGUCCCAGACCUGUUCAGGCCUCAGCUGGCCCACUUGGUCCAGUUCCUCUUCAUCUGGGAUGAUGAGAGGGGGGAAGACCAGGCUCUCACUCCAGAUCUUCCUUCAGCCCUCAUCAUGGGAAUAAAUUAAGUUUCUCAAUAUA